CGGAGUCAAUUCAGAUUAAAUCAGGCGACGACGGCGUCGCGACCGGCAACCACCAAUUCUCCUGCGGUCCUGCUAACUAGCAAAGGUUCAUUGAUCACCGGCAGUGAGUUGCAGAUUAGUCUAGAGACCAUGUCCUUCGCCGGGGUAUCCGUCAUUGCCAACGGCGAGCUCCUCGGCGCUGACACCCCGCCUACAAGCUGCCCCAGCGCCAGCGGGUACCACUUGCUUGUCGUCCAAAGCCACUUACGCAUGCGCGAGGAAUCCAACAUAUCUCACUGUUUCACCGUCGGAGGCCACCGCUGGCGAAUCGUGUAUAACCCCGCGCUCUAUGACCUGGGCGAAGACGGGGUCGUAGUACUUUGUGUCUUCCUCGACGAGAAACUAGACACCACUACAGAGCCCGUGAAGGCGCGUAUCAAGUUUAGCUUCGUUGACGAGACCGACAAGCAAGAGCCGGCACGUAUCCAUGGUAGAAAAAUACUAGAGCUACAAGGCCAGUGCAAUGAUGCGUUUAAGUACAUCGACAGAACAGUCUUGGACAAACAUCUCAACAACGACAGUUUCACCAUCCGGUGCGACAUCGUGGUCCUAAAUCCAACAUGCGACACCGCGUUCAUCACGGUGCCGCCGUCCGACAUGCAACAGAACUUCACAGACUUUCUCCUGGUAGGGGAGGGCACCGACGUGGUCUUCCAUGUGGGCUGCGAGACAUUCGCCGCCCAUCGGUGUAUUCUCGCGGCCCGGUCUACGGUCUUCACGGCAGCUCUCUUUGGCCCCAUGAAGGAAGGUACAUCCACGGCCGCCACCGUGCAUAUAGACGAUAUGGACGCUACGGUAUUCAAGGUCAUGGUUGGGUUCAUCUACAGCGACUCAUUUCCAGCGAUGGCCAAAAAUGAAAAUGAGGGCGCCCUGCUGCAGCACUUGCUCGUUGCGGCAGACAGGUACAACCUCCCAAGGCUCAGGGCGAUGUGUGAGAAGAAGCUUUGUGAGCACAUCGACGUGAGCACGGUGACCACCAUACUAGGGCUUGCCGAGCAGCAUGGCUGUGAUGGGUUGAAGAAGGCGUGUUGCAAGUUCCUCCGGUGUCCGAAUAACCUUAGGGCAGUGGUGGCCAUGGACGGCUUUGAUGAUUUGUGCAGGAGCUGCCCCACUCUUAUGAAGGGCAUGAUCCUUGGCGUGCUACCAGCAAAGUAGGACUUCACCAUAUUAGUGUUAGCUCUUCAUAUAUUCCUUCCAUUUUUUUCACCUUCCUUAUUUACUCCCUUUGUCAUUGCAGAAGGAAAAGGAAAAGGGAAUGAAGCCUCUUCGACUUUGAUCUAGAAGACUAUUGGACACAGUAGCCUACGUGUUUUGCAGGGGUGGACGCCCUUCGAUCACUCAUGGAUGGCGUCGUCUGCUUGGCAAUGAAUAGCUUUCUUUAGUUUCAUACCUUCGUUGAUGGCUACGUUGUAGCAUGUGUGCGGAUGUUUCGAAGUUUCCUGCAAGAGGGGAUCUUCGUAUCCUCCAGG